GGAUUCCAUCACAAACAUGUCCUUUAAGGUAUUUGCGUUCGUGGCGCUCGCAGUGGCCGUCGCAGCCCGACCCGAGACUCCUUCCUACUCUCCUCCUGCUCACCCAGCCCCUUCCUACGCGCCUCCCAGCCCAUCCUACAGCGCCCCCGUCCGCCCUUCUCCAUCCUAUGCUGCUCCCGUUUAUGCUGAUGUCCCACCCCAGUACAAUGCCCAGUAUAACGUAAACGAUGAUUACUCCGGCAACAACUUUGGGCAUCAAGAGGACCGCGACGGCUACAACACUCAGGGAACGUACUACGUGCAGCUCCCCGACGGCCGCCGUGUCCAGAAGGUCACCUUACUACGUCGACGGCGACUCCGGCUACGUGGCAAGGUCACCUACGAAGGGGAAGCUCAGUACCCAGCUAUCAGCCCGCUCCAUCAACCUCUUAUCAGCCAGCUCCUCCGUUCUUACGCCUUAAUUCAGAUCCUUUAUCCUUUAAACAUGAUGAAAGAAACCUAUAAUUUAUUUUUAUAUAAAUAUUGUACCUGUUGCAUAAUUCACGAUGUUUAG